ACACGUGAUGCGUCUACUUAUCACGUUCACCGAGCCGCGCUCAGGAACACACUUUGAGGAAAAAGUGACUUUUUUUUAACCCUCACUCGUCGGAAGUGUCGAUGGCCAUCAUUCCUUUAGGGAGCUAACGCAAGCGAGCGAUGUAAAGUCUCCAGUUGGCGAACUUUGCACAUCCUCAAAUACGCCAUUUUGAUCGCUCUCCGGAACAAGUUUGCAGGGUUUUUUUCUUCUUCUUCGAAGUCCAUCAUCUCUUUUCACCAUCACCAUGUCUCAGCGCAAUCUGCCCAACCCCGACAAAGUCAAACUAUGAGCAGAGGUCGCUUUCCCUCAUCCUGUGCCCUGUGAACCCGUGGCUCCAUGACCCUGUGACGUGUUUAGCCCAGACCUUAAAAUGGGAAUUGAGAAGAAACAUUUGAGACAAGUUGAUUUUUCCAUUAAGUUUCUAUUUCCAUUAAAGGAAUAUUCCAGGUUCAAUACAAGUUAACCUCAGUUGACAGAAUUUGUGGCAUAAUUUUGAUUACCACAAAAAAAUAUUUUUAUUUGUCUGUGUUGCAGUGAGGCACUUACAAAGGAAGUAAAAAGGGGCCAAUCCGUAAAUGUUCAAAUACUCACUGUUUCAAAAGAAUAGCCACAAGACAUUAACAUGAUUUUAGUGUGAUAAAAUCAUGUACAAACCUUAUCAGUGUAAAGUUAUAUUCAAUUGUAUUCAAAUAGUCUAUCAUAGAUUAGAAUGCUGAUUUUUGGGGGGGGGGUGAGAAUGAGAGAUGAAGGAUGAUCACAAGCCCAGGGAAGAACAGAGGAGCACCACAGUAUGAUGAAAACUACAGGAAGCAAAGGAGAAGAAUGCCCAGCAUUCCCCAGGCCUUCCCAGCUACCACACCAAACAGGAAAUGCACAAGUUCCCUGCUUUCUCUCUGGUGGAACAGAGAGUGAGACAGAGAGGGAAGGAGGGAUGACUUUCCAUUCCUCUGCAUCUUUAUGAAAGAAAAGAGGAACAAAACAUGCAAAAAUGUCCUGAAUGAAAGCAUAAAUGUGAGCUUUCAUGCAGUGUGGAGGCACUGCAUGAAAGGAGAUUUGGAAAAAAAUUAGAGGUAGUAAGGAUGGGCCAGUGUGUUUUUUUAGUUAUUUAUUUUAUUGUAUUUUUUUUAUUGUUUCUCUUGUCCUGUUGGUUCACCUUGAUGUGUGAGUGUGUAAAGGGAGAGUGUUGGUCAGGGGCAGAUGGGCUCGCCGUUAUCCAGUGUUAUCUUUUCUCAGUAGGAGGGAGGGUCUAUAUAAACCCCACACUCCCAUUAACUCAGACAUUUUUAUGGCCUCUAGAUGUAAGAGGUCAUAUGCUGGCCUGGAUAGUGUCUAUCAGAGCAUCAGCACUCCUUUUUCUGUCUAUAAAUAACAUUAUUUAUACUUUUCUCUUUACAUCUAUAAUGCCAGGUUCCCACUGUCACAGAAACCCUAUAAAUAUCAGUCAAAUUAGUAAAUUCUUUUUAAAAAAAUCACAGUGUUCAUAGUAUAGAUUCUAAUAGUUUAUAUUUUUCCUUGCUAUGCUAAGCUCUAAAAUAUUGAAUCAGAUAAAAAUUGCUCUUUUUGAAUGCAAUCUCUAUGAAAUUAUGUUUAAAUCCUUGUCCAGUAAUUUCGACUAAGUGUAAUGGACAAGUCAUGGUAAUGCAUCGGUCAAAAAGACUGUGAAGCCUGAUAAUACUUUUUAUUAGAGGUACUAAGGCAAGCAACAAGUGUCUGUUCCAAAUUUUUUGCAUGUUGAACAAUAAAAUAGUCAUAAAAAAAUUAUAAUAAAAAAAAUGCCAUAGACUUAAAUUGAAGGAGGGACCCAAGCCAUAUCUACCUAUCAGAAUACCAUAGAGACUAUGGUUCUUUUGACUCUGCCAUCUAGCAACCACCCAGAACAAACUAGCAACUCUACAGCAAUUUCCUGGCGACCACCCGCAAAACCCUAGCAUCAUACAGGCUAAUUUUGCACAUGCAAGCACUACAAUAGGCUACUACAUUAGUCACAUUAACCUCAUGAUAAUGUUUUAAACUGUACUCUCUAUCUGUUCUUAUUAGCUCCAGUGGCUAAUAAUUUAAUGUUUUUAAGCCUGAUCCUCUCAGUUAGUCCAGGGAUGCCUGGCAAAUAACAGCUCAUUAAUCCCAGAUAAUCUUUAGACAUAUACUGUAUUGCUCUCUCAGCUCUCUUCACUUGUGUGCUGCAAAGGUACAGCCGGUAACUCCGACUGUAUUGAGGAUAGAUCACACACUCUAGAUCAGGGCUGUUCAGUUCCGGUCCUGUAGCGGCACUUUAGUUCCAACACUAAUCAGACACACCAAGCUGUAACUGUCAAGUAAUCCUGAAGAAUUUGAUUAGAAUGACAGGGGUCAGUGGUAUACUUAUGGAUGGGAGAAAUUGUAACGCUGAAUAUGGCGGCUCUAGGAAUGGAAGUUCCGCCUUACAGUUAAAAGAUCCAAUCACCUGAAAAAGUUUUUUUGUGUGAUCUGAGCUAAAGAAGCACAAUUUAUGAUAUGGUUGUUGUCAGAUUUUAUUGCUGAUUUUGAAAUAUGUUAUUUGCUCGUAAUCUGAACCAACUGUUUUGGAGAUUUCUGACUCUCCCAAUUCAAGUACGUAGAAAAUGUACUUGUAUUCAAAGAAAAUCUUGUCCCAAAGGCUACAAACAUGGUUGGGAACUGAAGUCUGCAGACAGUAGCCCUCUAGGACCAGAGUUGAAUAUCCCUGCUCUAGAUCAUGAACGAAUUAAGUGAUAGGCACAGAGAUGCACAUAUUGGCUGAAGGCCAUAAAGCGAAACCGGCAACAUCCCUUAAACUGUUUAAUAUGUACAUAUUUUUCAUAAAACUCUGGCUUUGUACUCACUUUAUCAACCAGUGGAAGUACAUGAUCAGUGUUUGGGAUGGUUGAAGCUGGGAUGGAGAUUUCCAGUCCUUCCACCCUCCAGCAGAGGAGAUCACACCCUACAACGGCACACAAACUGCGGCAGGACCGCAUGCUUAGAGGGAGUGCGAGAAAGACAGAGAACAUCAGACAGCAGUCUACCCUCCACUGCUCUCACAGACACUUCCUGCUUUGACUACCAACCCAACCCCCCCCCCUACUGUUCCUCCCUUCAGCCUCAGUGCCUGUUUCACUCUCCAAAAGACUUCCAAGUUUCUCGCUCUUUGCGUACAGGCACCCAGUCCUUUCUCCACUUUUCUCAGAUUUCACUUUUUCAUCCAUCUCUGCCUGGCUCCUCUCUCUUCCCUCCUUUGCUCUCAUGUAUGUGUCAUUCAUCUCUCCUCCUCCCCAACCCCCCCCAGCCCCACUUACUAGGAUGGGCCUCCCUCGCUGUAGUAUCACACACUCACAGCUGCCUCAAACAGUCCACAGCCACUGUGCUUUUCCUAUCUUUACUUUUAGACAACACAAUAUACUGUGUGAUAAUUUUGAGAGUUAAGUGGAAAAAUGCAGCAUUUUUUGUCCAAUGAAUUUACAUACAGUUUACAUACUCUAAGUUGUCAUGUUAUCAUGUUUCAUCACUUACAAACUUCACACAGGCUUUGCAUGCUCAACUAUUGAAAUAAAUUGUUUGCUAUUAUGUCUUAAAGCUUUCUACAACAGCUUUCUACAACAGUUCUAUAAACAAGAAGACAUGGAGAGUACGUCCCCUGACAAGAGUGUUAGCGAUGGUGUUGGUGCUGUUGAGAUAAAUGGACAGUCUCAAUUGUCAAAAGAGGCAGUGAAGAAUCAACCCUCCACAUAUGAACCAGAACCUGUGGAAGUUAACCUAAAGAGGAAAGCAGAUUCUGAUGGAAUGGACAAACAAGCACAUAUGGUAGAGGAAGAUGAAGGUGGAGUGCGGCCAGAGGAGGAGCUGUCCUCCAUCAACUCCAUGAUGAGCACUGUGAUGAAUGUGGGCCAAAUCAAUGGAGUUGAUUCAGACUCCACAAAAGCAUCUCCCAAAACAACCAGCAAAUCGACCUCAAUCAGUCGUACUGGGAGAAGAAAUCAGGAAGUGAAAGAAGAUCACUCAAACUUCAUUUGCCCCCUGUGUAACAAAAACUGCAUGACACAGCACCAACUCACAAUGCAUAUCAGACAGCAUAAUACAGACAGUGGAGGUACUGACCACUCCUGCAGUAUCUGUGGGAAGGCUCUAAGCUCGGCCAGCUCUCUGGACCGCCACAUGCUGGUACACAGUGGAGAGAGGCCAUAUACAUGUGUAGUAUGUGGCCAGACCUUCACCACCAAUGGAAAUAUGCACAGGCACAUGAAAAUUCAUGAAAAGGAUGCAAAUGGUUUUCCUACAUCCAGUCCUUCCUCAAUAAACAAGCGCCGUCGACUCUCUACUAAGAGAAAGCCUAGUGUAGAGGAUGAGGGGGAGCAGGCUGAUGAGCCACCAAAUAAAAAGGAGAUGUUGAUGCAAAAGGCCGAAGAGCCUGGUUCUGUCAAGAGGGAAGAAGAGCUCCUUCACUGCCCCAUCUGCUUUAAGACAUUCAUCUGUAAAUAUGGUUUGGAUACCCACAUGGAGACACAUCCUGACACUACACUUAGGUGUAACAUUUGUUGCAUCACCUUUCGCACGCACCGUGCUCUCCUUCGCCAUAAUGCCAUCGUUCAUAAGCAGCUGCCCACAGACCCAACUGGACGACCCUUUAUUCAGAGUAACCCCUCCAUCCCUCUGGGUUUUGGUGACUUGGCUUUCAUUGACUUCAGCUGUGACAAGUUUCCUCAAAUAGCACAGGUCUGGUGUGAGACUAACUUGCGACGAUGCACUAGUAAGUUCCAUAGAUUUGUUUGUGAGGUCUGCAACAAGGCCUUCCCUCUUCAGCAGUCUCUGGAUCUUCACAAAUCCUCACAUAAAAGCAGUGCAGACACCAACACAGAACCUCAGGAACAAAGCACAGAUGCUGUUACAGAUCCACCCAAAGUCAAUUCCCAUUCAAUGGAUUUCAAGGAGGUCAAUGAAGCAGUACCGCAUGAUGACACUACCAGUUCCGAUGGGAAGAACAUUUUCAUGGAGUGCCUGGGUCUUCAACACUCCUCCUUGUCCAAGCCAAAGAGAUCUAAUGAGGAAAUCCAGCAAGAGACUUUAGACAGCAUCCGUUUCAUUUGUGUUGAGCCCCCUUUAACAAAUCUACCUCAAAAAACCAGCAGCAGUCUCAGUCUCUCGGUUUUAGACCCCGUCUCUCUUCAAAGCAUGAACAAGAACACUGCCCUCAGCCUCUUGUCGCUACAACCUCUCCAUGGUGUUGUCAGUAGCGGUAUGUUUGUCCCAAUAAGUGGUCAAGCUGCGGUGGAGCUGGCCGACAUUGAACAAAUCCUUAAAAUCGCUGCCACGGUGCCACCUCAGAUGUCUUUGUCUCUGCUCCCCAAAGAUCAGGCCAGUCCUAUACAAGUGGACCCCAAACAUAUUUCGUCUCUGAAACCGAAGCCCUUAAUCACGCCUCGAUCCAGCAUGGGUGCCUCCACACCACCUCCGCCUGUAAUGAACGCCCAACAGGCCUCAUCGGGCAACAUCAGUCCUAGCCUUCCACCCCAGACUGGUCAACAGCUGAGAACUGCCAGGCAAACUUCAGCCUCCUCUUCUUCCUCAACCUCAUCCUCUCCCACAAAUUGGGAGACUACUCAGCUGGGGUCAGAUGUCAUAGGAAGCAUGAUUAUCUCAUAUGACAAUGCAACUGGAAAGCUCAAGCAAGAGGACUUUGACGGCAAAGACAAGGAAUUGAGAGUUGUGAGCAAGAAGACCGCCAAGACAGAGUACCCUUGUCGGUUCUGCAAAGAAGUCUUUUCCUUCUUAGGGGGUCUCCAGGCUCAUAUGCGUCAUCAUCUGGGAGCUUCACCAUAUCAGUGCACCAUUUGUUGCUAUGCAGCUCCGGACAAAGCAACACUGAUUCGGCAUCUCAGAACACAUAGCGGUGAACGCCCAUAUGUCUGUCGCCUCUGUCACUACCCUUUCACUGUGAAGGCCAACUGUGAGCGUCAUUUGCGCAAGAAACACAUGAAGAACACGCGCAAAGAGAUUGAGAAGAACAUUGAAUAUGUAACCACCUCCUCUACUUUAAGUGGUCUAUUUGGGGGUGCAACACUAGACCUCCUUGAUACAGCUGGUGCUGGUAACGCAUCUUGUCGCUAUUGUGGGGAGGACCUUAAGAACUACCGAGCCCUUCAGAUUCAUCUGCGAACACACAGUGGGUGUCAGAGGAAGCCGUUUGAGUGUCGGCAGUGUGGGGCAGCAUUCCUUGCUAAAAGGAACUGCAUACACCAUUUGCUGAAGCAACACCCGGAGGUUCAAGAAAGGGAAAUUGAAGAGCACAUCAAAAGUCUUCUACCUGUUGGAGAAGAUGCCACUGCUCAUGCCAACCCUCCAACCUCAAAUGGGCUGGUAAACAGAACUGUUCCUCAAAAUUCAGGCUCUUUCUCUGGACCAGUUGACCAAGAACAGCCUUUGGAUUUCUCUAGCAAAUCGAAAAAAAUUAUAGGCUCAGAUGUUAAGCUGGAAGAAACGGCAUCCCCUCUGCUUAACGACUGCUCCAUGGAGCCAAUUGAUCUCUCCAUGCCUAAGGAUCCAGAGAAAAAGAGAACAAUGAAAGGGCUUGCUCGCAGCACAUCCCUUAAUAAUCAAGUUGUUAAGAAAGAACAACCCUCCCCAAGUACAGAAACAACCCCUGGACUUCUUGCAACUCUCCCCAUCUCAAUUUCUAGCCUGGCCUCAGCUCUAUCCAGUGACCUAACCAAGCCUUUUACUCGCCUGAAGCCACUGCUACCAAAACCAUCUUCUGAAAUGCAACCACUGGCCUCCAUUGCUCAGAUUAUCUCCUCUGUCUCAGCAACCCCAAUGCUGAUUGAAACAGGAAUGGAUGUCAAGAACAGUGUUAGUGCAAAGGAUUUCAAUACGCUAAAUGACAAGAAGGGUACAGUCAUUCCGGAUUCCACUCUAAAAGGUUCUCCUCCUGAUAACUCAAAGAGGAGAGGCAAGAAGAGACUAUUUCAGGAAGAGAUCUGUGAUCCAAAAUCAGCUACAGGCAGUGGCAUAGACCUGGAGUCAAGUGGAGAGUUCCCCAGUGUGGAGAAAAUGCUAGCCACUACUGAUGCAAAUAAAUUCAGCCCCUACUUGCAAACCAAUCAGAUGCAGCCAGUGAAGGAGGAGAAGGAGAAGCAGUCCAUCAGUGAUGAGGUGAAGGAAGGUGGAGAGGACAAGCCAAAGAAAUCUCCACAGAACAAAGGAAAGAAGAAUGCCUAUUCUAAUUCAGUGCAGAAAAUGACAUGCCCUUACUGCCCACGACUGUUCCCCUGGGCCAGCUCAUUGCAAAGGCAUAUGCUAACACACACAGGUCAGAAGCCAUACCCUUGUCCUCAGUGUGAGUCAUUCUUCUCCACUAAGUCGAACUGUGAACGCCACCUGCUCCGCAAACAUGGAAUAUCUAACCGGGGACUUCAACAGAGUGGGUCUCGACCCAAACCUAAGGCUGACGAAGGAUCGCAAGGAAGCACAGGUACUUCUGAGAGUAUAUCCGACACUGAACCUCCUGUAGCUGAAGAUACUAUGGAUCUGAGCUCUGUCGAUCUCAAAAAGGAGGGGAAUUCUUCAUCCCCAGAACAUAUAUCAGAACAAACUGGACAAUCAGCCACUGAACAGACAGAUAGCACCAGAGAUCCACAUCAAACACAGCCAGCUGAGGGAAACCUUGAGAAAAUAGAAAAUGAUGACGAUGACACUCAAAGCAACAAAAGUCUUGAUAUGAACCACGCUAGCAAGCUUGUAGACUUCAAGCUUUCUGGAGGGGAUCAGCACCAGCCUAAAUCAACUGAAACCACUGCACAAGCAGUUGAUGUGCCAGAUGAGUUCCCCCACACCUGUGCUACCUGCAAGAAGACCUUUCGCCAUGCGGCCACCCUCAGCCGGCACCAGAAAACUCAUAUUCAGGAUGUCCAGUCAGAGGAUGGAGGGAAGAAGGGAAGACGUCAACCUACUGGGUCCAAGCAAACCACAAUCACAGCACCUAGAAAAGAGAUGGAGCAAGAGGCAAAGUUAGAAGAUGUUGAAAAAGAGGAGAACAUCAGCUGUGUGGAAAGUGGUGAAGAGGAGGAGAAGGAGAAAGAUGGGGAAGAGAUGAGUGAUGAUGAGGAAGAGGGUGGUUCCUCAGAGCACAUGGCUUUGGAAGAGGAGAGUGACUCGGCUGGAGGCAAAACUGAUAAGAGAAAGAAGAUCUGUGCUGUGUGCAGCAAACGCUUUUGGAGCCUGCAAGACUUGACCAGACACAUGCGGUCACAUACUGAAAGACAUCAUGACGCAAACCAUUUUAUCGGAAAAAGGCCAUUUGAAUGGAAACGAGCAGGAAAAAGCACAUUUCGGAGAAAAAAAUGGAAGAAAGAAAGUCAAACGGGUUUGGAACAAGAUGAGGGUGAGAGACCUUAUAAGUGCCAAACCUGUGAUCGCACAUUCACCCUGAAACACAGUCUGGUGAGGCACCAACGGGUCCACCAGAAACCCACAGAUGAAAAAGGGUCUGAUGAGGCAGAAGUUAAUGAAGAUACAGAUGGAGCAAAAGAUGACACUGGAGUGCUGGAAGGAAAAGAGGUCAGGUGUUCACCGGGAGGUGAGAGUGAAGCAACAGACCCAAUCCAGACUGAGAAUGAAAGUAAGAGAACAGAGGUGCUACAAACAGAAGAGAUUGAAGGACACAAAGUGGAGAAGCAACAUGCUAAUGAUGUGGACAUGAAGUUGGAUUCUGCUGAAGAACCUCCCAAAGAACCUAAGCUAGAGGAAGCUGAACAGGAGGAACCUCAAAAGGACAAACCUUCAACUCAUGCUGCCUCAGUAGAGUCCCAAUCAGGCUCUCACCCAGAACCUGCAGAAAUCAGUGUGCACAGCUGUAUUGCGGCUCAGGAAAUUGCAGAGAAGCCUGUUCUGUGAAGAGACAUUUACUAGCCUCUUCACUGUGUUGAUUUUGUGCCAUAGUUCAUCAGGCUUCCACAAACACUAGGAGUUGCAAAGUCUGGCCUCUGCCAAUAUUUGUCUUAUACAGUAUGCAUAAAAGAUGCAAAACUGGAGAACCGUUUUCGAAGCACAGUGAUCCUUCUCUUGAUGCCUUAAUGCUUUUUUUCCUCUAAGGAUCUGGAUCAACACAUAACUGGACAGUAGCAUUUUUAAUCAUAUUUGAAUGAUUUUUUUUAUUUUUUAUGAAUCAUAUAAAAGACUUUAUAUCAUUAUAAAUUAGAGAUACAUUUGUAUGAUGAACAGAUUUAUUUAUAUCAGCAUUUAAAUGUAUUAUUCUUAAGUAAAUUUAUAUUUGUUUUUAGUCUCUGUGAGGAGUGUUUUUCUCUCUCUCUCUUUAUCUUUAAUUUAAAGGGAUAGUUCUCCCAAAAAUGACAAUUCUCCAAUCAUUUACUCACCCUCAUGCCAUCCCAGAUGUGUAUGACUUUUUUUCUUCUGCAGCACACAAACAAAGAUUUAUAG